CUUCUGAAUGAACAACAGCAGACGAGAGUUGCACGCUCCUUUUCAUCGUCAUGACGCAGCUGCAUGCUUCAAGCAAGCCGCGGAUUUAGGUUCCCUUGUUUUUUUUUUAAUUUGUGUGUUUAAUUUCGUAAGAUUGGGAAUAUAGAAAUCGACAUGAAGGCGCCAUGAAGCAUGUCUUCCCAUAAGAAGAAGUUGGAGAGACAAAAAGUGAUACGAAAACAUAGCGAAGACUACACCUAUUUCUGCGGCUACUGCAGUGUAGGUUCUGACUGUUUUGAAGACGCUGUGCAUCACGUGAUCAAUUUUCAUGGAGAAUCUGAAGUCAAAAUAAGGAAAAGGACAUUUAAUGAGAAUAACCAACACUUUGAGCAACACUUCAAGCAGUGGAACAUUAUCCCGCGGGAUGAGGCUGACAAAGGAUUCAAGGUUAAAGUUAACAGUGACAGCGAACAAAUUAGUCUGACCAAAGAAUAAUGAACUGCAAGACCACGCCCACUUGACAAAAUAGAAUCUUGUGUUAUUUUUCUUUAAAUAUUUCAUAUAUUGUUUAGCCUUGAUUUUGGAAGCUGGUGUUUAAUUAAGAAUGGCCUUCCAAUGUGUUGCUAAAACUCAUUUGUGGACCUGAAGACCCCAUUUGCUCUUGCUAUGGUCUCUACACGAAUCUUUUUGUGUUGUAUUUGUAUAGUUAUGUGUCUUAACCUGUUUCAUAAAUGUAUCUGUCAAUUAAA